AUGCCCAUCCCUAUCGGCGACCCGAGGAUUCGCCUCUUGAAGACAGCCUUCGUUAUCUACAACCACGAGAAUCUGGAUCAAGCACAUCGAUUUAUGGAGGAUUUCGGACUUAUUGAAGUCGAAAGGAGCAGUAACGGUGACCAAAUAUUCUACAGGGGCUAUGGUCCCGAUCCGUUUGUCUAUCUCGCUCGCAAGGCCUCAACAUCAUCCUUUGAUGGUGCAGCUUACGCGGUAGAAACGAGAGCGGAGCUAGAGAAGGCGGCAAAGAUUGAGAAUGCAACUCCAAUUAUGCCUCUUGAAGCGCCUGGUGGAGGAGAGAUUGUCACCUUGACUGAUCCCGCUGGCUUCCAUGUCCAUCUUGUACAUGGAGUCACGGAAAGAUCGCCCGAAGCACUGAAGCUAGAGAAGCUUACCGUCAACUUCGAAGACGACAAGCCAAGGAAAGGGAGGUUCCAACGCUUCAAGCCUGGUCCUGCGCCCGUCUUCAAGUGGGGCCAUUACGGAGUGACAUAUCCAGACGGGGGCUACCAAAUGAUGUAUGACUGGUACACCAAGCAUCUGGCCCUCGCGCCCUCGGACAUUGUCUACCUAGGCGAGAAACCGAUCACGGUAUUCUUCCACAUCGACCGCGGUGACGAAUUUACCGACCAUCACGCCUUCUUUUUCAAGCGUACGAAGCCAGAGGAAAAGCCACACGUGGCACACGCCGCUUUCGAAGUGCACGACUUUGACAUACAGCAGCUCGGCCACGACUAUCUCACGUCAAAGGAUUACAAAUUAUGCUGGGGUGUCGGACGACACGUGCUCGGAAGCCAGGUGUUCGAUUAUUGGUUUGACCCUAGUGGAUUUAUUGUUGAGCAUUACGCGGACGGUGAUCUGGUCAAUAAUGCCUCGAAGGUCUCACACGAGCAGGCAGGACCACAGGCACUUUCAGUCUGGGGACCACCAGUUCCUCCAGUCUUUUGA